CGGCGUUGUAGUUCGUAGUAAAUGAAGAACAUCAUUCCCAAGAAAAUUGAAAGGAAACAAAAUUAUAUAUAAAACCAAAACCAGCUAUUUCUUUCAUUCCUCCAUCUUAAUAAAACUCUGUGAGAAACAUGUUCUUCAUUCUCAACUCGCCUCCUGACUCUUCAUUCUCCUAACUCGGUUCUCUGACUCAGUUUCUACCAUUGUUUUCAUCAUGGAUGGUCACACUCGUCGGAGACACGGCUCUCGCCACCGAUCAUGGUGUUGCACCUUCAACGCACCUCCGCCGAGUCCUGAAAACCCACAUUUGUCUCAGCAUUACCGUACCAAUAACAACAACUGCAAAACCAAACUCGGGCCGCAAAAGCCUGACUCGCUCUCUAAACUCACUACCUCCAUCUCUGUUCCCAACUCUCCCCAGAGUUCCAAAUCCGAGUUAUCUCUCGUGGGUCGGAUGGACCCGCGUCGAAUCCUUUCACCCGGACGAGUCUCGCCUAUAGACCACACUGAUUCCCUCGAAGAAGAUCGCCACUCUUCACAUGCAACCCCGUCUGCCGCUGCCGUUGAUUCCUUGCCCCGAUCGCGAUCGCAGAGUUUUCGGGCCAAAAUAGAGAGUCCGGAUACUCAUUCGAGUCUGGAUCCUAGCCGGGUCGAAGGAGAUAUAGGAGGAGCGUACGAUGUGAGGUUGAAUUUGAAACGGAAAAAUGGUGGGGUUAUGGUGCUGGAGCUCAGCUCGUCGGUUUUGGCUUCGAAUUCAGAAGUUUUUGCGGGUUUGAUUGCAGGUUCAGCGGGGAAGAAAAUGUAUAGAAUAGAAGUUCCUGAGGUGGAAAAUUUAGGGGUUUUUAAAGAAACCAUUGAACUUAUGUUUGAAGAAGAUAUAGCCAAGAGGCUCGUCAAAAUUGGGGUUAAUAGAGCCAUUGACAUUCUUGAGGUAUCAGCUGGCAUUAUGUUUCGCAGAGGUGUUUCAUCUUGUUUAAAGUACCUAGAAGCUGUUCCUUGGACUGAGGAAGAAGAAGAGAAAUUAAGGAGCUUGUUUACAAGGUUCAAGUUUGAUGAAGCAACCAGUAGAGAUAUGUUGGCUAGAUUACAUUCUCAGCAGUCAACUGAUACCCUCCAAAAUUUAGCCAGACACCUUGUUUCAUCCAUCACCACCUGCUCUGAUGCCAAUGCAAGAAAUGAGCUGAAGUCAUUGGUGAAGGGUCUCCUCUGCAAAAGCUCAGUCUAUGAGAAGGAGCAACCCGACAUCAACAAGGAGGAUUUCUAUGCUGUUUGUCAAUCCUGUAUGAGUGAGCUACACAACCUGUUUGAGGAGGCUUCUGAUGCUAUUCCCCAUGAAAGAAUGACCAGAAAGGAGAUGGGUAAGCCUCUGAUUGCACGCAUCUCCAAACAGGUGGAUAACAUCAAUUUUCUGUUGGAGAUCUUGCUUGAUCGACAAAUGGCCGAGGAGUUUGUGGAUCUGUGGGUAAAUCAAGGAAAUUUGCUAAAACUUCAUGAAAGAGCAUCUCCCAUGGUUAGGUAUGAGCUAAGCCGCGUUUCAGCAAUUUUAUUCAUCGCAAUGGGUACAAGAAAGCUGCACUGCUGCUCAGAGGCCAGGUCAGGGCUUCUUCAAGCAUGGUUUGGGCCAAUGCUAUUGGAUUUUGGUUGGCUGCAAAGAUGCAGAAAGGGACUUGACAUGAAGGCAUUGGAGGAAGCAAUGGGUCAGACUCUCCUUACACUUCCUUUGAAGCAACAGUAUGUUCUGUUUAUGGAGUGGUUCCGAUGUUUCUCGAGGAAUGGCAGUGAAUGUCCAAAUCUGAGCAAGGCCUUCCAGAUUUGGUGGCGCAGAUCUUUUCUUAGGGGCUCUGAAACACAUGCUGUUGAAUCUAGGUAACUCCAAGUAAUAUUCUUUUAAUCUUUUGGUGCCCAUUUUGUGUGUGAAAUUAGCAUUAGUGUAGAGCAUGAAAGAUUCAUAAAUACGUGGAAGGGAUUAAUAAUGUGGAAUCUAUAUGGAAUUGUUGUAAGAGGAAACUUGUAUCCUAUAUUCUGCCAAACAAUCUUUAUGCUCACAAGGAUGCCUUUGUCAGGUAGAGUAGGAAAUUAAAUAGCAUGUAGAAUUUUAUAGUUUGAUCAAAGGACUAAGGUUGCUUAGGAUUUA